AUGUUGAUCAUCGUAUUGAUAGUGCUCUUUGCUCUGUACAACCCAACACACGCUCAUUCUUGGGUGGAAGAGCUCACACUCAUUGCUCCAAAUGGAACCUUCGUCGGCACACCAGGAUAUGCCCGAGGGAACUACCUACGCACGACAUCGGACUUUAGCGACACUACAAUGACUUACUCGAUUCCACCCACCACAAGGGCAAAUGUGACUCAGAUUCUACCAACCGACAAAAUGUGCAAGGAUACCCAGCAGGACCAGACUCAGUCAAAGGGAAGCCCUCGGCUUCAAGCCAGCGCCGGCGCGGCGAUUGCCCUCCGCUUCCAGGAGAAUGGCCAUGUUACACUUCCUCAGACCCAGCCCGGAAAGCCCGCGAACCGGGGAACCGUUUAUGUGUAUGGCACCACACAACCCAAGACAGGCGAGAACUUCCUUGAUGUUCAUGGAGCCUGGACCCAAGAUGGCACUGGAGGCGAUGGGCGCGGGGUGCUCCUGUCAGUACAGAACUACGACGACGGGCGUUGCUACCAGGUUAAUUCGGGGGAGAUUUCAGGGACUCGACAAACGAAGUAUACCCACACAUCAGACCCACGGAUGGGAGCAGACCUCUGGUGCCAGCAAGAUAUUCAACUACCUUCCGAUGCCCCCAGUGGGAAACCGUACACACUCUAUUGGGUGUGGGACUGGCCUACCGCUGCGGAUAUUGAUCCCACAUAUCCCAAUGGAAAGGCCGAGAUCUACACAACUUGUAUGGAUGUGGAUAUGGUGAACAUGGUCAGCAAGCAGGCAAUCAAGAGCGACUAUGAGAGUGGCCAGGAUCUCAACAAUGCCGCAAUCCCUUCGCAGUUCGAUGCACUCGGCCGUCCGAUAUCCUCUCAGCCAACCACGUUUGUUACUUCACUAGCUACAGCAGGAGUUGAACCCAAAACAGUCACAGUGACAGACUGGGUGAUCAGCACGAGCACUGUAUUUAUGGCGGGGAGUCAACCCACUUAA